AUGGACGCCAUUUUUGCCAUAGGCUCGAACGGCUCGGGCCAGCUGGGAAUCGGCCAUCAAGAGGACGUUUCUGUGCCCAAACAAGUUCUCUUCCAGCCAGAUCCGCCAAGUUCUCCCAUUGUCAAGGUUGCCGCCGGCGGGAACCACACUCUCCUCCUCACGAAGUCGGGUCAGCUGUUCUGGAGCGGCGACUCGACAAGCGGGGCAUGCGGCCUGGCGUCCGGGCCAGGGUCUAAUGUCUUCCGAGAGGCUGAGCUCGCGAGGGAGGGCGGACAACGUGUUGGCCAUGUCGACUUGAUAGCUGCCACGUGGGAGGCGUCCUUUGUCGUUGCCAGGGAUGAGCACAACAAGGGCACGAGGCUGUUCAGUUUCGGCGCGGGCACGAAAGGCGAGCUGGGGUCCGGCGAGCUCAUUGUACGGACCCCGACAGCCACGCUCAUCGCCGACUUUCCGCCACCGGGGACAGAGAUCAUCGACUUGGCCGCUGGCAUGGGACACGUUGUUGCGGUGCUCAACAACGGGGAUGCCUACGGGUGGGGUAAUUGUCGCAAGACCCAGAUCGGAGAUCCUGGCGCCGUCGUCUUUUCACCUCGAAAGAUUGAUGGCAUCGGGUUCCAGGUCUCACGCGUUGUUUGCGCCAAGGAAUCAACGUGUUUCUUCGGCGACCCCAAGAGCGGAGACAUGCGCGUUAUGGGCUCCAACAAGUGGGAGCUGUCUUCUAAAGCUCCCGCGGCAGUACCCGCCUGGACCGACAUUGGGGCUAGCUGGGGCAACUUUUACAUUCUGCAAGAAGAUGGCUCCCUGCUUGGCUGGGGUCGGGACGACCACGGCCAGCUUCCACCCCCGGGUCUCCCGCCUCUCAAGAAGAUCGCCAUUGGCAGCGAACAUGUUGUCGCCCUCUCUAGGUCCGGCGAUGUUUUGGCCUGGGGCUGGGGCGAGCACGGGAACUGCGGCCCCCAGGUUGAAAACAACGACGUCAAGGGCCGCUGGAACGUCAUCGCUUCAACCAAAUUCAUACCUCCUGGCUGUCAAAUCGACAGCAUCGGUGCUGGUUGUGCCACAAGCUGGGUCUGCAUCACCAGCGACUGA